UCCGAUAAGCAAAUCCCCACCAACACACCACGUGUCAUCCACACGAUUUUCCCACUAUAUAUAUUCUUUUAUUUUUUUGGGAUAUUUUUCAUACCAUACUUCACAUACCAGAGACUGAAACAUCCCAAGAGGUUCAAACUUCGAAGAUGGCUGCUACCUCCUUGUGUUCAUCAACCCUCCAAUCCCAAAUCAAUGGAAUCAAUCUUUCUAAAACCUCUCUUUCCCAACCACCUUCCCUCACUUUCUCUAGGAGGAGAUUUUCAACCAUAGUGAAGGCUUCGUCUCGUGUGGACAAGUUUUCAAAGAGUGACAUCAUUGUUUCUCCGUCAAUUCUUUCUGCCAACUUUUCGAAAUUGGGAGAGCAGGUGAAAGCAGUGGAGUUAGCUGGUUGUGAUUGGAUUCAUGUUGAUGUAAUGGAUGGUCGUUUUGUUCCAAACAUUACAAUUGGACCUCUUGUGGUUGAUGCAUUACGCCCAGUGACUGAUCUUCCUCUGGAUGUGCACCUGAUGAUUGUAGAACCUGAACAGCGGGUGCCAGAUUUUAUCAAGGCAGGAGCUGACAUAGUCAGUAUCCACUGUGAGCAAUCUUCCACCAUUCAUUUGCAUCGGACAGUUAAUCAAGUGAAAAGCCUGGGAGCUAAAGCUGGAGUUGUCCUAAACCCUGCUACCCCACUAAGUGCAAUAGAAUAUGUUCUCGAUGUGGUUGAUUUGGUCCUAAUUAUGUCCGUGAACCCUGGCUUUGGUGGCCAGAGUUUUAUUGAGAGCCAAGUAAAGAAAAUUGCUGAUUUGAGAAGAUUGUGUGUGGAGAAGGGUGUAAAUCCAUGGAUUGAAGUGGAUGGUGGUGUUGGUCCUGCAAAUGCUUACAAGGUGAUUGAAGCUGGAGCUAAUGCUCUCGUUGCUGGUUCUGCUGUGUUUGGAGCUAAAGAUUAUGCUGAAGCUAUAAGAGGUAUCAAAACCAGCAAAAGACCUGAACCAGUUGCUGUGUGAAGUGCUUCCAUGGUGUCCUAUUCAUUUUAUGCAUCAAUGCUGCUAGCUGUUUGCCCUGUAUAGAUGUCUUCAAUUAAGUUUUGCCUUCGGUGGUUGAAGAUCAAAAUUUACUGCCAGCAUAAGAAAUAAUCAAGUAAAAUACUGGCGGGCAUUGUUUGGGAGCUAGUUUCAUUGUGAAAAAUCAUUGUAUAAUAAUAAUGUUACACACUUAUACUCAGUGAUUCAAAUUACUGCUUGUAUUUGACAGAUACAUAUUCAACACAAGACUUAUGGUCUGAGUGAAAAGAUGUCGACCUUUAUUACCA